UGCGUUGUCUAGCUCGGGGCCCCCCCGAUGCCAGAGUUCUAGCUUUCAUCGCACUGGGUGAAAGAUUUCUCCUGGACGCUUCACUCCGGCUACAGGCUCCAUGUUCAGUGCAGUUGUGCUGGUGCUUGUCUGCCUGAUGCAGAUGAAGCUAGUGACCACAGAGGGGCAUCGUGGGACCAACCGCCACGUCUUCUAUGCGGUGCAAAUGGACAGAGGCAUCAGAGCCGCCAGAGCUUUGGCUGAGCGGCACACACUGGAGUUCAUACAGCAGGUGGGCAGCCUGGAGGAUGUUUACAGCCUUAAAGACAGCAGGGGGCGCCCUGACAGAGCCGCCUUUGAGAACACACUUUCCACUGCAGUAGGGGUUCAGUGGGUGCAGAGGCAGCACAGUCAUUACAGAGACAAGCGGGUCCCUGUGAGAGGACUGGACCUCAGAACCCCUUACAGUUCCCAGAGGAGAGCAACUGACAGGCAGCCGGAGGAGAAGAAAAAGAGUGACCAGUCCCUCACCUUCAAUGACCCGCUCUGGCCCAUGCAGUGGGAACUGUUUGCACAGGGCCAGUACAGCAGUGGGUUGGACCUGAAUGUGAUGCCAGUUUGGAGCAACAACAUCACCGGAGCUGGAGUGGUGGUCAGCAUCAUAGAUGAUGGUCUGGAUCACACAAACAAGGACCUAAGGAAAAACUUUGAGGCCCUCGCCAGUUUCGACCUGGCUGCUUCACACGGUCUGUCUCAUGAUCCCAUGCCAGUUAGGGAUGAGGAGAAUAGUCAUGGUACUCGCUGUGCAGGGGAAGUUGCCAUGGAGGCCAAUAACUCCUACUGCGGUGUGGGCAUCGCCUUCAAUGCCAGGAUCGGAGGUAUCCGCUUGUUGGCCGGUUCUGUCACCGAUGCAAUGGAGGCCACAGCCCUGACCUUCAACAUGCACUUCAUCGACAUCUACGUCUGCAGCUGGGGCCCGCGGGACGACGGGGCCGAGAUGGACGGCCCCCACAGCCUGACAGCGCGGGCCCUUCGGCUAGGAACUCACGAGGGCCGGGGUGGAAAGGGCAGCGUCUUUGUGUGGGCGGCAGGUAACGGUGGGAUGCAGCGCGACCACUGCGGCGCCGACGGCUAUGUUAACUCCAUCUACACUAUAGCCAUUGGCGCUGUCACUCAAACGGGGAAGCCCGCCCACUUCGGCGAGCCCUGCCCCGGUGUGAUGGCCGUUACUCUGACAGGGGCCAGCGUGGGAAGCCCCCUACCUCUGGUCACAGUGACCAGCGUAGGGGGCGGUUGUGUCACACACUUUCCAGGAACAUCCAGCGCUGCUCCCAUCGCUGCAGGGAUCCUGGCUCUUGUGUUGGAAGUAAAUCCUGAGCUGACGUGGAGGGAUGUUCAGCAUCUGAUCGCCAACACAGCACAGAUCCCCGACCCCAAAGAACCUGGCUGGAACAUCAACGCGGCAGGAUACCAUGUUCACCAUAGGUAUGGUUUUGGAUUGUUGGAUGCAGGGCUGAUGGUGCAGCAGGGCACGCUCUUUAACACGGUUUCUCCACAGAGGAAGUGCAUCAAAGAGGUUACACUACAUCCUACCAGGAUCCUCUCUCCAGGGGGCGUGGUCAGUGUUGAUAUAGAAUCAGAUGCCUGUCGUGGGAGGAAGAAUGAGAUCAACACUGUAGAGCACGUCCAGGUGAGAGUGAGCAUUAGCGCGGUGUGUCGCGGUGACCUCUCCAUAAGCCUGGCGUCUCCAGCUGGCACUGUCUCACUGCUGUUGGACAGAAGGCCCAAUGACGCGUCCACUGCCGGCCUGAAGAACUGGACCCUGAUGACGGUGCACUGCUGGGGGGAGCAGCCACAGGGCCUCUGGACCUUUCAGGUGACUGACCACAGAGGCACAGUGUUGAGCUGCAGUCGACCGAGUGACGAAGCAUCCGGAGCUCUGCUACGUGUUACACUCAUCCUCUACGGAACCUACCACCCACACAGGGCCGUGCACGAGGGACCCCUGCAGGGUGUUGUGUCCAUGGGGUCACGUCACCCCGUCCCACACAGGGGGCUUCAACAUGGGGACCGCUACCAAACUCUGGAGCUGAUUGAAUGGAUCCACCAGAUGGAGAGAGGCAGGAAGAUACGGGCCGCUGACAUCACUCUCCCAGCCAGACACAAGAUGUUGAAGAUUUCUGGAGACUUAGCGUUGGAGGAGCAGACCCUCAAAAAGCCCCUGACGUCCAGUAAGGCUCUCCAGUUACAUCAGACAGAUGAGGCACAGAAGUCUUCCACGGGGUCACGACCUUCUGAUGUGAAGGAGCUUCAUGAGACAAAGACCAUCAUGGAGAAUUUGGAUCGAGUGAAAAGGUCCUUACCCUUACGGACUCUCCGGGAUAUCACCAACACUCUUCAGAUCCAGGAGGAGCAGCAAGACGGGGGUGGGGGGGGGGCUCAAGGCAGCCUGCGGGAAAAUGAAGAAACAAACAUGACUCACAGUUAAAUAAAGACUGUUGGAGCAAGCCAAUUGAUCAUGAAUCAAUUCCAUGUACAGCACUUUGACCGUGGCCUCAGUGUCGGCACGGAUUAUUUAUUGUGGAUUCCUAUCUUGGCUUUAAAACUCAAUCCCUCCCCAACAGAAACACACACAGACGUACAAAUCGUUCCCCAAAAAAACAAAUAGUCUCAGGAGCAGCUCUCAUGAGCUUUGGGAUGUUGCAAAGGUUAGAGAAAGAUAUGUUUGUCUUUUUCCACUUCAUUGAAGGGUGAACUCAGCUCAGCGCAAUAAGAAAUGGAUUACCCAUUCAUUAAAGGGGCUGUGUCACUCCUCAUUGAGUUGGACAAAUAGCAAAUUAAUUUCUAAGCGCCUAAUUUCUCUCUGUUCUCCGCUGAAUUUCCGAUAGCGUCGAAUUGCCGAUCACAGCAUGUGAACUCCCUCAACUUUUUAUCAAUUCAUUAAA